CUCCUUCCUUCCUUCCUUCCUCGAGGGCUGAGCGAGAGGCGGAGCUGUUCCUUCUUUCCCAGCCAAGUCAGAGCCAAGCAGGGCGAGGGCCUCCGCCGGGAGAGCAGGGACCCGCACCGCCAUGGAGGAGUUCCACCCCCAUAAUGACGAGGUAGCGGCAAGAGCGGCAAUGACUUUUAACACUGAAGAAGCCCACAAUAUUAUUAAAGAUUGUAUUGAAGGUGUUCUGGGCAAGGCAGAUUACAAUCAUGACAACGUCAAUCAAUGGACUGCAGCCAUUGUGGAACAGUCUUUGUCGCAUUUGGUGAAACUGGGGAAAACGUACAAAUAUAUUGUGACCUGUGCAGUGAUGCAGAAAUGUGGAGCUGGUCUGCAUACAGCAAGUUCAUGUUUUUGGGAUACUACAACUGAUGGCUCCUGCACAGUCAGAUGGGAAAACCGAACCAUGAACUGCGUUGUCAACGUCUUUGCCGUCGCCAUUCUCCUGUAGCAAGAAUUCAGAAGCAACACCAAGUUAUGCCAAAGCCUUUAAUAUAUACUCAGAGAAAUGCCGUAAGAAUGAUUAGAUAACAUUAUAUAUAUCAGCUAUAGAAAGAAGCAAGAAAUGGGCUUUUAAAAAGUUUCUGCACAAAGUGUAUGUAUUAUAGCAAAGCAUAAUCUUUCAGUUUAGCCACCUAUAGUUUGCUUUCAAAAGCAGUUGUUAGUCUCCUCUAUAUCCAUUCUAAUAUAUUGAAAGCUACUCUUUUCCUCCUAUUUACCUAGAAAGGGUGAUAAAGCCAUUAAUCAGUAUGAAUGUGUUUGCACCAAAUUGUCACUGGCACUUCACACAUAGUGGCUCAGUGGGUUAAAUCCUUGUGCCGGCAGGACUGCUGACCAAAAAGUCAGCGGUUCAAAUCCAGGGAGCGGGGUGAGCUCCUGUCUGUCAGCUCCAGCUUCUCAUACAGGGACAUGAGAGAAGCCUCCCACAGGAUGGUAAAACAUCCAGGUGUCCUCUGGGCAACAUCCUUGCAGACGGCCAAUUCUCUCACACCAGAAGCAUUUUGCAGUUUUUCAAGUCACUCCUGACAGGAAAAAAAACAAAAACAUAGGGAAUAAAGAGAAAAGUAGUAAAUGGAAGAAAGCAUUCUUUAUAUAUACAGCUUUCUAGAUUUGCUGGGGUAAGAGAUACAGAAGUUUUAAAAAAACUUUUUAAUCAAAUCUACAAAUAAUCAAAUCCACAAAUUUGGAGGACGGAAUGUCUCAUUUAAACAGCUGGUGAUACAUUUUGUAAUCAUAAUGAGAAAUGAAUGCUGUAUUACAACAGCAUUCAUAUUGUGGCCAGCUGAGGCAUUCAAUAGUGCAUCUAAUCCAAUGAAACCAUACAACCUUAUCCCAGCAUGUAUGGUUUCAGUAGUUUCUCAGUAUACUAGAGGAUGUGAAAAAAAAUCUCUGCUGGUUACAAAUUGUAAAAUUAAUGAUUUGAAACGAAUUAAGCUCAUUGAAGAGUUCCUGUAGCAUACUGUAUCAAAUACAGAAGAAAACUGCAAAAUGUAUUGUUGAAAGCUUUCAUGGCUGGAAUCACUGGGUUGUUUUUCAGGCUAUGUGGCCAAGUUCUAGAAGCAUUCUCUCCUGACAUUCUGCCUGCAUCUGUUGCAGGCAUCCUCACAACCUCUAAGGAUGCCUGCCAUAGAUGCAGGUGAAACAUCAGGAGAGAAUGCUUCUAGAACAUGGUCACAUAGUCCAAAAAACCUACAACAACUCAAAACUGCAGAAGUUUUAAGUCUGGUUUCUGCUUUAUGGGAGCAACAUAUCUUGAUGCCAGAGUAUCUUCUUAUACAGUAUACAAAUGUUCUAAAAAUGAAUGUUAUUAUGCUGGAAUUGGUUGCUAUUAGUGCUUAGUUUUUUUAUAUAUUGCAAAACUUGUGAAGAUAUAUUCAUCAAAUUAAAGAAAGCGGUGGGUAACUUUUGGUUCAGUGAUUGGCAGCUCAAUCCUAGAACUUGGUGCAAUAACACAUUUUACGUAAUGGAUUUUUAUUGUGUCACUGCUAAAUCACAAACCAAGAAAGUAUGAUAUUAUGGUUCCUUUACAAGCAGAUAUAUAUACAUAGAUGUUUCAAAUUGGGAUAUAAACCUUGGGGAAAGUUUGCCUAUUAUCUAUCUAUCUACAAGGAAGGCAGUUCUGAUUAUGGGCUAGCUUUUGACUUUUGUGAUGUUGUAGUUGGUGUGUGCCUUAGAGAUUCAAAACUUUAUAAAAGAAUUCUUCCUAACUCUCAUUGGGAAUGCACAUUUCUUUUAAAAAUCUAAUCUAUAUCUAUCUGAAGGGGCACUUAUUCAGAUAUGAGCAAUGACUGCAGUGAUUUUUUUUGCACUUAGUUGAAAUCCUUCAGUAGGUUUUAUUUUAAUUUAAUAUGAAUUACAUGAAACCUCCCAUUUAUUGAAGGUUUCAAUAUGUAUUGUUAAUUAAAACAAGUUUACAGACAUAGUAAUAAAUUCCACUGAACACAAUAGUUCAUAUUUCUGAAUAACCAUGCAAAGAAACAGCAGUAUGUAUUCUUCCAAGACAUAGAAAUAUCAUGAAAUUUCAGUCAGAUUGGUAAUCAUAUUAACUUGAAAAAGUACUUAAGGAAAUACAAUCAUAUUUGAAAGCAUGUUUAGAUUUCAUAGUCUUGUUUUGCCAAAAGUUCAUACAAAGACAUUGUAUUCAUUUGUAGUCAUUUGUGUUGCUUGUCACGAGAACUUGAAAUUUCUACAAUUGCAUUUUGCCCUUUUACAACCGUUAAGAUUGAUUUUAAAAACUUCCUAAAGGUUAUUCUGAGCUGUGUGUGUGUGUGUAUAUACAUACACACACACGCACGCAUAUAUACGCACGCACGCACACACACACACACACAUGAAUAAGUGUCCAGAGGAGGGCGAUAAAAAUGAUCAAGGGUCUGGAGAACAAGCCCUAUGAGGAACAGCUGGGCAUGUUUAGCCUGAAAAACAAGGUUGAGAGAAGACAUGAUAGCCAUGUAAAAAUAUGUGAGGAUAAGUCAUAGGGAGGACGGAGUAGGCUUGUUUUCUGCUGCCCUGGGGACUAGGACAAUGGUUUCAAACUACAAGAAAGGAGAUUCCAUCUGAACAUUAGGAAGAGCUUCCUGACUGUGAGAGCUGUUCAGCAGUGGAACUCUCUGCCCCGAAGUGUGGUGGAGGCUCCUUCUUUGGAGGCUUUUAAACAGAGGCUGGAUGGCCAUCUGUUGGGAAUGCUUUGAAUGUGAUUUUCCUGCUUCUUGGCAGGGGUUUGGACUGGAUGGCCCACGAGUUCUCUUCCAACUCUAUGAGUAUGAAAUAUUGUUCAUUGUAACUGAUUUGCUUUGAUUUACUUUAUUAUUAUAAUACUUGAAACACCAAAAGUUUUAUUGCUUUUGUAAUUAAAUUCUAUUAACCAAAUAGGAAGUAUAUUCCAAAUAGUAAUACUAUAAUUACAUUUCUGUGUUCCUGAAAUGAAUAUACAUAUCUGCAACAGGAGAACUGGAAUUGUUCCAUAAAAAGUUUUAUUAGCUCUGGGUUUAGAUUUUUUUCUUUUUUUUCUUGGUGUAAACUAUUUUCAUUUUUUAAAAGAAGCAACAAAAGACAAUCUUGGGAUGGAACAUUUUAUGACUGCAAGGGAUUGAAUUGAAUAUUUACAUGGAGGAGAGACUCAGAGAAAUGUAAUUUUCAGAGGUGUUGACUAGUGAAAGCUAUCACCAGAAAGUAUAGGCAAAGGUACAGUCUCUUUUUAUUUGCUAAACCUUUGUUGCCUAAUUGAAAGUAGCUGUUUUUAUUAGCCAUUGUACUUCAGGUUUCUACAAUAUACUUGAAGAAACAUAAUGCUGAAAUAUGUAAGCUUGAAAAUAUGCCACUGUGGCAAGAUUGCACUAGACAUUAUGCUGAUAUUUAUUUUAAAAGAGCUAAAGUUUGUUUUUACUUUUAAAGAAAAGUCUGCCUUAGCUGUACUUUAUGCCUUUUGUAUAAAUUAAAAGAAUUACUGCUGGA